AUGAAAGAGAGGGUAGUCGUUUUCUCCCCGUAGAAGACGUGGGGAAGAGACGAUGGGAGAGAGCCGCGUUCUCCGGUUCGAACGUAGUCGCGCCUGCGCGACGUUUACCCCACGCACCAGCACGUAAUGUCACCGUUGAGCCAGUCUGACGCCAGGCGCCGCGAAGCUAUGACGUCACUGGUUCGCGCUUUGCCGACGUACUUACUUUUCUCGCCAACAACGCAAACUUCUCCAGACGUCUCUCGAGGAUCGGCCCAAGUGCGAGAUCGCAACGUGAAAUUAUCGAGAAGUCUUUUGGAACUCGCACGGAUGUUCACAUCGACGAGCUAAAGUUUCUGUAUAUCCAAAUUGAAUCCUUUCGAAAACUUUUGUCCAAGACUUUUUAAGGAUAGAGAUAGAGUAAGUUUUUGUUUUGUAGUAGUAAUAAACGACGAAGAAAGAAAAGAAAACUUGAAUCGAUCGUAAGAAUGUGUUGAACUAUAAGCUCGAAACAAGUGAAAUCGUAACUCGAUUCGAAAUAUUUCGAUCGAAAGUGCAAUCGAUCGCAAAGAAUCGUCUCGAAAGACUUUACUCGUUCGAGAGUGAAUCGAAAGGGAAAAACAAAGUGAUUUUGAGAAAAGAACGCGUCGAAGGAUAGAGCUGAAUCUCUCGACGAUUUUUUUCAAGUACGUCUUCUCUCGUCUCGUCGAAUUCGUCUAAUAAGUCGAGCGGCGAUGCACGGUGAACGGUGAGAGUUAUUUCUUCGAGAAAGAGAAAACAUAUUUACGUUGUUCGGAUAUUCGUCGAGGGAGAAAAGUUUUCCGUCGAAGGAGAUAAAAGGAAAAGAAAUAAAAAGAAGUCAACGAAAAUGGGCAAGAAAAAUAGCAAGCUCAAGCAGGAUACCAUCGAUCGACUUACCACCGCUACUUAUUUCACCGAGAAGGAGAUUCGGCAGUGGCACAAAGGAUUUCUCAAGGAUUGUCCAGACGGUCUAUUAACCGAAGAGGGUUUUAUUAAGAUCUAUAAGCAGUUCUUUCCCCAAGGCGAUCCUUCCAAGUUUGCCUCGCUAGUCUUCAGGGUAUUCGAUGAGAACAGCGAUGGCACGAUAGAAUUUGAAGAAUUCAUAAGAGCUCUCUCUGUUACGUCACGAGGCAAAUUGGACGAGAAGCUGCACUGGGCCUUUCGAUUGUACGACGUUGACGACGACGGUUUUAUCACGAGGGAGGAAAUGUAUGAUAUCGUCGACGCGAUAUAUCAAAUGGUGGGACAACAACCACAAGCGGAAGACGAGAACACGCCGCAGAAAAGGGUCGACAAAAUAUUCGAUCAAAUGGACAAGAAUCACGACAAUAAGCUUACCCUUGAAGAAUUUCGAGAGGGUAGCAAAGCGGACCCACGAAUCGUCCAAGCUUUAUCAUUGGGUGGCGAGUAACCGUUCGCUAAAAGUUAUUAUCAGGAACGACAGACGAGAUCCUUCGAUCUUCUAUUCGUGUCGAGAGAUUACGUCGUCGUCGAUUUGAUUUAUCCAAAUCCGUGGAAAGGAAGAGCGAAGACGAGAGAAUAUAGCGUCGCGCAUCACGGGGGAAGAUAAUCGAAAUGAAAGAAAGAAAGAAAAAAAAAAGGAGAGAAUAAUAUCGAGGGAAAGGUAAAAAAAGGAAUGGAAGGAGAAAGAGAAAGAGAAAGACAAAAAAAAAUAAUACGAAGAAGAAACGAGAUGGAGUGCCCAAAAAAUAUUUAUCAACGAUCGUCGCGUCCCAGUAUUUUUCCCGAUCCUCGGCUUUGUUCGCUUUGUCGAUUGGUACGUUUGGGAAAUCACAAUGAUGUUUAAAAUAAGUGUCAGCCUGUAUUAGAAAAAGAAAAAAGGGAAGAAGAAGAAGAAGAGGGAGAAAGGAACGAGACAAAAGUUCGUUGCGUUUCCUUCGAGAGAAAUAACAUGGAAUAUAUUUACAAGAUUUAAAAAAUAUUAAAGCUUUCGUCGCGGACAGAGAAACGAUGAUAUUUUCGUCGUUGCGUGGAAUAUUAUCGGCUAAACCGCUUUUCUUCCUUCGUUUAAUCGCGCGAACAUGGAGCGGCUCGUGAAAUGAAAUGUGUGAAGGAAGGAAGGAAGGAAGGAAGGAAGGAAAGUUGAGGGAAAUAUCGCGAAUGUAAGGGAGGAUUAGCUGGGGGAAAAGAAGGGAGGCAAACCGUGCCUUCUCAUCGAUCCUCGUCUUUAUCGGUUAUAACGUUCUCAGUGUGUCGUGGAAUAUGCGCGUCGAACGAAUGCGUACUUUUACCGAGGAAGGGAAAAAGAGAAAGGAAAAGAAGAAAGGGAGAGGUAGAUAGAAAGAAAGAAAGAAAGAAAGAGGGAAAAAUAGAGGUAGUCGAAAAGAGCACGUAAAAGGAGCAAUAGAAGACAAAAAAUUUACAAACGAAAGCUUUUUUCAAAUUCACGUGUAUUCGUCGAAUAAAAGAAGAAAAAGGAAGAGGCAAAGGAGGACCGUAGAAAGUUGAAUUUUUCAAGGACAAGGAUCGCGACCAAGCGAUCUCGUCCGUUUUACAUAUUUAUAUUUACCACGACUAACGGCAAGUUUCUUCCUAUUUUCCUUUUUCCUAUUUUUUUUGUUUUUCUUCUUUCUUGAUGGCGCAAAGAAUCGUUGGUGAGUCUUGCAAAAUUGACAAAUUACAUUUUGAUCUGCCAAUGGCUACUGUUACGCGCCAAACGAUUAUCAAUUAUUAUUAUUAUUAUUAGUAUUAUUAUUAUUAUCGUUAUCUAACAGCUAUCUAUACGAUACCGUCAUAUCGUAUCAUCACUGUUUGCGCGGCUGAUGUCUUUAAAAUCUUCUGUCUAACGCGUUCUUAUAAAAAAAAAGAAAAAAAAACUAUAUUUCCUUGAAAGAAUACAUUAGAUAAAAAUCUUUACGAACGAAUAAUAGAAAUUAGUAAUUUAUAUACCUAUCUAUCUAUCUAUCUAUCUAUCUAUCUAUCUAUCUAUACAUAUGUCUGUAAAUGUAGGAAAUAAUCUCUGAAAUGUAGGGGAAGAUUCAAAUCGAUUUUCAACGUGACGUAUUCAAGCACCGCGUUAUAAUUUUAUCCUCCGUUUCGUAAUUGGAUAUCUCUGACUGUCGACGAUGCAUGAACACGUUCUGAUACCAAUACGAUCUUAUCUCACCAAAUGCAAUACAGUCCGGCUCUUGUCGUUAUUUACCUACCGUUAGAUAUACCUACACACAUACACACACAUAUAUAUAUAUAUAUGUACCGGCGCUGUCGUAUCGCUGGUAAAAAGGGUGGAAAAGUAAAGUACUAUCUUCGAUUAUCGGAAAAACCUAACGCCCAAGUGAUGUAAUUUAAAGGUACUCCAAGAUUUCUGUCUACGGUUAAAAAACCAAUCCGAGUAGUCUAUCUAUAGGAUAGAAACGAUGAUUCUUACGGAUUAGGAAAGUUGCCCACGUUCGCACUGGAAUGUCUCAUCGCAAAUCCUUCUAAAUUAUAAAUGUGUUGGAUAAAGAACUUUUUGAUAGAUCGGAAAUAUGAAAGUGAGUUACAAUUUGCAACUUUUUUCCUUUUACUCGAGGGAAUUAACUAGACGCAAUCUUUGCUCUUUUCUUCUUCUUCUUCUUCUUCUUCUUCUUCUUCUUCUUCUUCUUCUUCUUCUUCUUCUUCUUCUUCUUCUUCUUCUUCUUCUUCUUCUUCUUCUCUUAUUCUUUUUAUUAAACAUUAUUCUUAAGUAGUAGUAAACAGUAAUCUCCGAAAGUAUUACCAAGAACUUGAUUGCAUCAAUUAUUCAAGAGAAACUUAUGCGUUGGGAAGAGGAAAAUAAAAUACGAUUCUUUCCAAAAGUAUCACAUGUAGCAGCUAACGUGUAUUUCUUUUUUCGCUUUAACGUUCUAUCCAUUUCGGAGAAUUUUCGGAGAUAUAUACCGAUGUAUCUAUCUCUUUUUUUUUUCUUUUUUUUUUCCAUUUCAUAUCAUCGAUAUUCAAAUAACUUCGAUCAUGGAAACUUUCCAAAAAGCAAAUCCGAAUGGAUUUAAAUCGUACCUUCGUCCUUACAUCUUGAACGAUCGAGGAAGAUCGAUUUACGAGGAUUCGUGGAAUUUUCUUUCCCCUUUCCUAUUCUCCGUUUCCAUUCCUCUUCUUUCUCUCUUCCAUCCGACGUUAUUUCCUUUUCCUCUGUUAAAUGAACUUUCGAAAGGAACUCGGAGACUUCUGCUACGCUUUUAAAACUCCGCAAAAAGUAUAAAAAUAUCUUUCAACGCGAAACUCGUUCGUUUAUCGUGCGCGCAAAUUCUUUGGCAAAGCUGAAGAAACGGGGAAGCUUCGGUGUGAGGAUUAAAAUUCGACUCGGAAAAAAGUUCUUCUUUAUGAAGAAUUUUAUCCAAACUAAAGAAAAAAGAAAGAAAAACUACGAGGAAAAGGAGAAGUAGGCUAAAUUUCGUCGAACGAAUUUCGAAUUUUCUCUUUCCCUCCCUUCUCUCCCUUUCUUUCUCCCUUCUCUUUCUCUCGUUCUUAAAAUCUUUAAAAAUAUUUACGAUUUACCAAUUUCUCGUUCGCUAUCAUCCUCGAUUCAGAUUUUUUACAUUUUCCUUUUUCGUUUUGUCUUUUUUUCUUGUUUUUGCUUAGCCCGGCGGAAAAACCGCAAUCGCAUCGAUAUUGGCAAAUUUCCCACGAAAUCCUUUUUACCUUGGCAGCAUUCAACGAGAUUACGUUAGCAAAUAUUAUCCGACGAAUUUCCUCACUUUUUGUAUAUUUUUUCUCCCUCUUUCUUUUCCUUUCUCUUUUUACUUUAUCUCGCCGAUUUUAUUCUUCUACGACUGUCCACAUCUUGGACAUAAAAAUAAAGAGAAAAUAAAAAUUAAAAAAUAAGAACCUCGUCGCAUGAAAUGGCUGAGAACGAGAGAUCGUGCUUAUUAGCAAUCGCGAUUACGUUAAAAAAAGCACGCUGCUUAAUGUGUUUCACGUGUAAUAAAUGCGUAUAAACUUAUAUACAUAUACAUAUACAUAUAUAUAUAUUUUUAUCACAGGAUCACUAGAUAUAGAAAUAAUGCAAGAGUUUCUUAAUUAAAUGCUAAGAACUUGGAUUUAUUGUAGAAUUUUUACCGACGAAUCAAACAUUUUUCUAGUUACAUAUCCGAUAUCUUGCUUGCUUCUAAUAAUAAUUGUGCGUUGCAUCUUCGAAGGUUUCUUUAAUCGUUAAAAGAGUAUUUCUGUAAUCGUCAAAAGAGACGAAAAUGCAACGAUAAUAGACAUUUUUUAUCGAUCGAAUGAAAAAUAUUGUCUGUUUGGGCAGGAAGAUACUUAACUUAGGAAAGAUGAAUGAGAUUCAAAAAUUAAGAAUCGUAGCAAUAAUAACAGUAAAAAAAAAAAAGAAAAGAAAAAAAAAGACAAAACGAAACUUUGAAUGCAGCCGUUUGAGUGUUUUAAAUAAGAAACGAAGAACAAUCUCGAUCAUUUCGAAACGAAUAAGAUUUCCUACGUUUCGAGUGAUUCGUUUAAAACCGAAAAAAAAAUUAAAUAAAAAAUUUUCAGAUUUUACGCCAAGAUCGUAAGACAAUCUCGAGAGAUAACCAGAAAGAGAGAAAGAUACAUACGAAUGAAAAUACAAGAACGGGAGUGAAAAGUUUCCAGAUGAAUUCGAAAAAUCCAAUUACACUCUUUUCCGAAACUUUUGAGAUCAAUUUCCUUUUUUUUUUUCAAAUCGUAAAAGUAUCACGCAAGCGUAAAAACUCUUGGCCCACCUCGUAAAAUCAAUUUCUUAGGCAUUUUACGUAAAUAAGGUAUUCUUUUAUCGACUGUGAGAAAAAAAGAAAAAUAAAAAAAAAAAAGAAAAUAAGGACGAGCGAACGAGUGAAGGUGCCGUUUUAUGUAUAUUUUUCUAUCUCGUUUCUAUCAUACAAGGUGAUUUUAUGAGUUUGUUACAAACUUUUAAAGAUCUCCUUAGAUAAUUACGGAAAGUGAUGUGUGUCGUUGUCGGACUACUUUCUCCAACGAUGGUUUUUAUUCUAAAGGGUUAUGGUAAAUCAUUGGUUUCGUUUGUAACGUAGGCUUUUUUGUGGAACAUUUUUGGAUCAUUAUUUCGCAAUGUUACUUAGAUCGAUUAAUCGCGUAUGUCACGUUCCGUAAUUACCAAACGAAAUGAGUUUCUAUAUGAAAGUCGUUCAUAACGAUCUCCUCUAUCGUUCUUAAAAGUUUCUAAAACAAAAUCACAGAAUCACCCUGUAUAUUCUCUUCGUUGACGCUAUAUAAAUCGAUUCGCGCAUCUCGUCUUCGACGUCGAGCAUCGCCGUCAUAUCGCAAAUUUUCUUUUCUCGAGUGCAAAAAGAAAAGAAAAGGAAAGAAGGGAGAAAAAAAAACGUAAGAAGAAAAGUAUCGUAAAGGCACGUUCGUCUUGGAUCAUCUUCGUCCUCGUCGUCGUUGUCUCUUUCUAUCGUAUCGUAUCUUUCGUCGUUGUCUCUUACGAUCUACCGCGUGUAACCUUUUUGUAUUCUUCGUUUAUCGUCGACUUUUAAAAGAUCGAUACACAGCGAGAAGAAACUCGAGACGAUACUCUCGAUCGACGAAACUUUAUAUAUAUAUGUAUAAAGCGAGAGAGUCGUCGAGCUUUUAACGAUGAGAAGAAUGGUACGAACGAAAAAACGAGAAAUUACAAAAAAAAAGAACGAUAUAUAUAUAAAAAGAAUACGGCGAUAAAAUAAUAAGAAAAGAAAGAAAGAUUACUCGAAUCCAUUUUUCUUACGAUUUUCAAUGGGAAUACAAGUAAGAGAAUUGACAACUGUGUCUCGCUUAGUUGAAAAAAGAAAAAGAACAAAAAAAAAAAAGAAACAAAAACAAAAAUGAAAACUCGUAGACGCUUUUCGUGUUAAUACUUCUUCAUACGUGUUUUAAACCGAUCUUACCCAUUAUCUAUCUCUAUCUCUCCAUCUAUCUCCUUCUCUCUAUUUCGCACGAUUUCCCUUCUCGCUCUUACCCGUGUCUCUCUUAGAAAGAAUUACGCGUGCAAAGAACAUGGAAAAGGAUAGAAUACAAAGCUGAAGAAUAAUUUUUUUUUGUUUUGAAAUUUUUCGUCUCACCCCUUUCUCUCUCAUCCUCAUGCUCAUUCUCGUCCGUCGAAAACAUGCUAAUCGAGAUGAUUAAUACGUUUAAACGGUGAGAAUCGAAGCAAAAGGAAGAGAGAAAUUUGCACCGAUUCCUUUUGUACUCCUCUAACGUCCCUCUCGAUUUCUCUUCGAUAUCCUCGAAAGGGAAGAUCGAUUUUUCGAGUUACCCUGGAAAGAAAAGUUUUAUCCUUUAAUGAAAACAUCGAGAAAAGAGAUUCUCAGAGAUGGAAAGGGUUCGUUUCGAAGGUAUUAACGGUUGUAGCUUUCUUUUCAUUUCGUUUUACGUAUCGAACUUGUCUCAGAGUUUGCUACUCGUUUUAUUUCAUUUAUUUUAUUAUUUUGAAAAAUAAAUUUUUAUAUUUAUCUUUAAUAUUAUGCAUUAGUUUUACGGAAUAUAGAAAAAGAUAUCACUUGCAAUUUCAUAAAUCUUUUGACCGCUUAAGACAAGCAGCUAAACCGUAGAUAAACGAUUUUCCAUGUUUCUUCAUGGGUUAUUUAUUUUUAUUUCGAGCAUGAACCGAAUGAAAACUUUACUUUUUGUCUCUUUCGUUCUUUCUUUCUCCCGUUAUUUCUAUCUUUCUACUUUUCACAAGUUUUCUCCCUCGUUCUUUCUCUCUCUCUUUCCCUUUCGAGAAAAAAAGAAAAAAUAAUGUUAGAUCGAUGGAGAAUAAGUGAAAUCAUUGGACGCAACCCCUAUAUUUUAAAUAAUUCCUUUCGCGGAAUAUUAUCCCUUUGCACACGACCCUUCCUUUAUCUCAUUCGUACCCUGAAUGAUUUCUUCUUACUCCCUCUCCUUUGACGAUAAAGAAUAAUAGAUAAACGAAAGAAAGAAAGAAAAAAAAGAAUUGAAAACGUAUUCUAUCGUAGUAA